CAGGCGCCUGUCACGUGGCCGGCAGCGCAGGCGCAGAGGAGGCGGCGCGGGCGGCGGCCGAGGUUUUGCUCACGGCGUGGGUACGCUGCCGGGUCCCUUCCUCUCCCCCGGCUUCUCUGGGUGGUUCUCUUGCUGACCUGGAACUUCUGAUGCAGACCAGGCUGGCCUUGAUCUGCCUGCUUCUGCUUCCUGAGUGUUGGGGUUAAAGAUCAAGUUUGCCUUAGAGUCAAUAACCUCUUCAUCUGAGGCUGGUUUCUGUGGCGCUUAACAGCAUGUGCAAGCCGAAGCCAUGGACAAGAUGAGCUCUUUCUCUUGACAGCUUGGAUGUGUGCUUAAAGCCAGUUCUUAGGUUGGUGUGGGCAGAAAAUUGAAGACAGAAUGCUCCUCUUUAACCGCUGUCAGCAUCUGAAACGGAUAACACAUAAGCAUUUUUCUAGCAUACGGGGUAAAGUGGGAAGGCACACCCAGCCCUUUCUUUCAAGAGCCUUUGCACUUGCAGAAUUAAGGAAGUCAUGGCGUUCAACCGGCUCUCUUGUUGGAGACAAAAAUAUUAUUCUGAUGGGACCUCCCGGUGCUGGGAAAACAACAGUAGGCAGAAUAAUAGGCCACAAACUAGGCUGCUGUGUCAUCGAUGUGGCCAGUGAUAUCCUUGAAAAAAUCUGGAAUAUGAGUGCAUCUGAAAAAUUGCAGGAUGUUGGUAAUGAGCAGUUUUUAGAGGAGGAAGGAAAAGCACUGUUAAGCUUGUCCACAUCUGGAAGUGUGAUCUCCCUCACUGGGUCCAAUCCCAUGCACGAAGCCAGCAUGUGGCAUCUCAAGAAAGAUGGAGUGAUUGUAUAUCUGGAUGUGCCUCUUAUAGAUAUAAUUAGUCGUCUGAAAUCAAUGAAACUAGGUAGGCUUGUUGGCCAGACUUCUGGUGUGUCUAUGAAAGACCUACUGAAAUGCAGGAGGCAGCAUUAUAAGAAGUGGUAUGAUACUCGGGUGUUCUGCGAAAGUGGGGCCACCCCAGAGGAGGUAGCUGACAGAGUGCUCCAGGCGGUUCACAGAUACCAAGAUGUGGAUUCUGAAACAUUCAUUUCAACAAGGCACAUUGGCACCAAAGACUUGGAACAGAAGGUUCCCUUAAAAUUCUUUAGUGAAGCUGUGAUUGAGGGCUUGGCUUCUGAUGGUGGACUCUUUGUUCCGGAGAAGGAGUUUCCCAAAGUGAGCUGCAGAGAGUGGAGAAGCCUUGUAGGAGCCACCUACAUAGAAAGAGCCCAGAUACUGUUGGAAAGAUGCAUACAUCCUGCAGACAUCCCAGCAGCCAGACUUGGAGAAAUGAUUGAAACUGCUUAUGGGGAAAACUUUGCCUGCUCCAAAAUCGCCCCCGUCAGGCACCUUGCAGGAAACCAGUUCAUCCUGGAGCUGUUCCAUGGGCCAACAGGGUCCUUUAAGGACUUGUCCUUGCAGCUUAUGCCUCAUAUUUUUGCACACUGCAUUCCACCAAGCUGUAAUUAUGUGAUCCUUGUAGCUACUUCAGGAGACACGGGGAGUGCAGUCUUGAAUGGUUUUAGUCAUCUUAAUAAAAAUGACACUCGAAGAAUAGCUGUAGUCACAUUUUUUCCAGAGAACGGGCUUAGUGAUUUUCAAAAAGCACAAAUAAUUGGCAGUCAGAGAGAAAACGGAUGGGCAGUGGGUGUCAGGUCAGAUUUUGAUUUUUGCCAGACGGCCGUAAAAAGAAUUUUUAGAGAUUCUGAUUUUACUGGCUUUCUGAUUGUGGAAUAUGGAACGGUCCUAAGCUCAGCUAAUUCUAUAAAUUGGGCUCGCCUGCUGCCCCAGGUAGUUUAUCACGCUUCUGCGUAUCUCGAUCUUGUUAGCCAAGGAUUUAUCUCUUUUGGAAGCCCAGUCGAUGUCUGUAUACCCACGGGGAACUUUGGGAACAUAUUAGCAGCAGUGUAUGCCAAGAUGAUGGGAAUCCCUAUUCGAAAAUUUAUCUGUGCCUCUAAUCAGAACCAUGUUUUGACUGACUUUAUAAAAACAGGACAUUAUGAUCUAAGGGACAGGAAGUUAGCACAAACCUUUUCACCAUCAAUAGAUAUUCUCAAGUCUUCAAACCUGGAGCGGCAUUUAUACUUGAUGGCUAAUAAAGAUGGACAGUUAAUGGCAAAAUUAUUUAAUCAGUUAGAAAAUCAGCUUCACUUCCAAAUAGAAAAGAUACUAGUUGAGAAACUUCAGCAGGAUUUGGUAGCUGACUGGUGCUCCGAGGAUGACUGCCUGUCGGCUAUUAAUGCUACCUACAAUGCUGCAGGAUACAUACUGGAUCCACACACGGCUGUUGCAAAAGCGGUUGCGGACAGAAUGCAAGACAAAACCUGCCCAGUGAUCAUCUCAUCUCCUGCUCAUUACUCCAAGUUCGCACCUGCUGUCAUGCAGGCCUUAAAGAUCAAUGGAAUCCACCAGACUUCGUCAAGCCAGCUUUGCUUGCUGGGCUCAUACAAUGCGUUGCCACCUCCUCAUGAGGCUUUAUUAGAGAGGACCAAACAGCAAGAGAAGAUGGAACACCACGUGUGUGCAGCAGAUGUGAACGUCCUGAAGAGUCACAUGGAAAAACUGAUCCAAAAUCGGUUCAUAGGGAAGUCUGGGUAGAAUAUUUUCCUGGUGGUACGCAUGCAGUGAUGAAUCCCAGAAGUUAAUGUGGACUGCAGCAGCAUCUUGCUUUGUGUAAAUGUUUAUAUGUGUGUCUGUUAACUCUUGGAAAUUUGGUGUCUGGGUCUGAAAGGCUUAAAAUGAUCCUGCAGUGUACCACCUCAGGGCCCCAGAAGAGACAGUGCAACGGGGCGCCUGAACCAGAUCUGCUGCUGUGCUUUGCCCUGUCCAAAGGGAUGCACCAGUUCUACUUCACCCCACUCCUGAGCGGAACAAGGUGUCUGGUGUUCAAGUUGGCACUUAAAAUAUUUAAGCCCAGUUGUUAAGUACCUCAUCGCGCCAUUUGUUUGUUUAAUGAACAAGCAAAGAGUUGACUGCUUGAGGCAGCUGACCUGUGUAGAGGAAGCAGUAAGGUUGUGAAGAUGAGACCAUUAUUUUCAACCUUUCAGACUCCAUUUUGGAGUACAAUUAAUGUGCUUCCCACACGGUCCAGAUAAGAGAGCUGGUUGACCUGUGCUAUUCUUAGAUGUUGAUAGUUAGGCUGAUGAUGUUUGAAAAUCAAGCCAAUAUUUAACUCUAGGAUAUAACAAUUGGCAGAACUAAUAAGUAAUAGGUCCGGAAAUAAAACUACCGAUUUCAAGAGUGGGUGUUCCAAAAUCAAUAGUAUUUAAUUUUAAUAAGAGUAUAUUAUAGUCAUAGCAGCUUUUCUGUAUUUAAAGUCUAUUGCUACUUAUCUCUUUAGUGAACAUUUUUUGGGACACCUAAACCCACACAAGUUAAUGACCAUGCUUCGUUUGCAUUCCUGUGUAGUAAUAGAUUUUAACUAUGAUUUGUGUUUGAAUUUACUGAAUGUUAUUUCUGAAUUAAAGACUGUCAAUGAGUUCUAAGUGUCAUGGGCUACUCUUGUCCACAAGAUGGCGUGCCUGAUGUAAUUCGUCUUUACUUUCCGGGAGAAUUACCUUACAGAGAAAUGUUAAAUGAAACGAUGAAAAAAAUAUCCUCGUUUUAAUGAGCAAGGAGCAAUUUGUUUUAUAAGUUUUAAAUUAAACCAAUUACAUGUUAAUAUCAGCUCUUGGCUUACCUUCCCAAAUGUAAGGUAUAAAGCAAAAAUGGAGGCUGGGAAUGUAGCUCGCUGGGCAGAGUACUUACUUGGCAGGGGUUCAGUUCUCGUGGAGGCAGGAGGGAGGGUUAAGAGUUAGAAGUCAUCUUUAGCUACAUAUUAAAUUUGAGGUUAACUUGUGAUAUAUGAGAUCCUGUUCCACUUGUUUUUAAAGCCCCCAAAGAAAAAUCAGGAACAAUUUAUAGAAAUGGAAGACUCAAAAGUUCUACAGGUAUUUAUGUAUUUAUUAUAUCAUUUUAGAAGUUUUGUUUAGUAAAUAUAUCUAGAAAAUCAUUCUAAAUGUUACUGUGUGCAUAACAGUGCACUGUUUUUGUUUUUAAU